GUUGUUUUCCACUGAGUCUGAACGGCAGACUAGCAUCACACGGGGAGGCCCGGCACGUUUUCUCCAGCGCGCCAGAAACCGUCUCUUGUUGUGUCUCCACUUUAAGCGCCAAAAAUAACGAGAGGGAAAUUGUUGUUCGCACACUGCACCGACUCUCAGAAGAUAGCAGAAUUGUGUUGUUUCUUGGUAGAAUAAUCCUUACCCGAGCCGUUUGUUUCGUCUCCAGGUUUGAUGCAGUUCGCAAACAGACAAGCGAUGGAACGACAGUGGCUACCAUGUCUCUUGUACGGCAGUUUUAUUUUACUAUGUAUGUUGGGGACGUGUCUCGGAGAUGGAGUUGAGUACAACGUCAACAGAGAACACGAGGAGCAAGCCAGAAAGAAUAUCACCCGAAUUCUAGACCAACUGACCAACAACUAUGAUAAGAACCUGCGACCUGGGAUCAAAGGUCCACCAGUCACGAUCCAGUGUGAUAUAUUUGCCUUGAGCAUCGGACCAGUCGUAGAAAUAAAUCUGGAAUUUCACAUCGAUGUCUUCUUCAGGCAACGCUGGAACGACCCCCGUCUGAAAUUCAACAGCAGUUCGGUUGAGGUGCUCCCGCUAAAUACCAUCAUGUUGGAGUCGAUCUGGUACCCCGAUACGUACUUCUUCAAUGGUAGGAAAUGCAAGAGGCACACGGUUACCACGCCAAACCGCCUGUUCCGCAUCUCACCUGGCGGGAAUGUUCUCUACACCCAAAGGUUGACCAUCAAAGCUGAAUGUAUGAUGAACUUGGAAAAGUACCCGAUGGACGUCCAAGUUUGUUCCCUCCAUUUCGGCAGCAACAGCUACUCCGAGAAGGAUGUUGUGUAUCGAUGGAAGAACGAGCCGUCCAAUGCCUCAGCCUCCAUCGUAGUAUCUGAGGAUCUGAGAUUCUCACAAUUCUCACUCCAGACUUGGAAAGCUUACAGAGACGUCAAGAUUUCAGACCGUAUAGGUGACCGCACUGUCCUAACGGCCGAGUUCUAUUUGGCCCGUAAUGCCGGGUUCUUCGUGAUCUCCACGUACAUCCCCUGCGUGCUUCUCGUGGUACUCUCAUGGGUCUCUUUCUGGCUCAACCGGGAGGCUACGCCCGCUCGAGUCGCCCUCUGCAUAAUGACUCUUCUGACCAUCACCACCCUGGGAUGGAGUUCGAGGGCCGUCCUCCCUAAGGUCAGCUACGCUAAGGCCAUUGACUGGUUCAUUGUGAUGUGUUUUGGCUUCGUCUUUGCGGCCAUGGUGGAAUACGCUGCAGUGAACUACUUCACGAAGAGACGAGCUGGUAUGCUGCCUGGAAUGGCUGAUGAUGAUGACGAUGACGUGGCACAGGCAGAGGCUGAAACUGUUGAAGCAACCCUCCGUAAGAAGCGUCGGUUUACCCUCUUGAGCAGCUUGACACGUUAUAACAUCAAGGUGAAGAAUGCAGACGAGGCGACCAAGCAAACUUGCCUCAUGGACCUACUUAGCUGCUUGUGUGGUAACGCGGAGUACCGGGACGCACGGUUACGGCAGAGCAGGACCUCCGGUAAGCCGUUCAACAGCGUCAGCCGGAUCGACGUGGUUUCGCGCGUUAUUUUCCCGCUCUCGUUCUUGAUUGCAAACGGGUUGUUCUGGUUCGCCUAUAAGAUCGCUUGAAGACGAAUUUACCAUGAUUGGUAAAUUAAUUUGGAGGGAAUGAUAAGGUUAAAAUAUUGGUUCUAAAGUUCAACUCCAAAAAGUUGGGCAGAUUGGGGGAAUUUUUGGUGAAACAUGCUGAAUGAAUUGGCACUACAGUCAGAGUGUGUCAUUGGAAAGGAAAUUUAGCUGAAAGGAUACUUUAGAUGUUUUCGUUACAAAAAUAUAGGUAUAAUAACAAAUAUGUUUUGAAUUUACAAAAAUGGCUUCCUUUGCUUGUUUGUGCUACUAAUUUUCUGAGGACUAAUCUGCGAAUUACCCUGAUUGUGUGCCAAAGUCCAUGCUUGUAUCGUCAAAAAAAAACUCAAUCGCGUCACAACCCGCCGUGCACAUACCAAAAUAGUUUAGAGAAAUAUUUCCGUAUAGUCUACAAUCAUAGUUUUAGUAAAAAUCAAUAGCAUUUAUAGGAGAACUGAUAAAUCACUGUUGCAUAUUUAGAUUCUCGCAAUCGAUUUAGGUUAAUUAAUGAACUACAUCCUUUUCAUCAUAACCGUUUUGUGUGUGUUUCAAACAACAGAACAUUAGAUUCUCGCAAUCUGGCCACAGAUCUUUUUCUUACGCCGCACCGUUUCCUUGGAAUAGUCUUCCUGUGCAUACUCGCCAAGCUAAUUCUU